GUAGAAGCAGUCUGCAGUGCAUGGGAAAACUCCAGUCCUACUUACGGUGCUUCUGAAAAUAAUACAAAACUCCUAAUUGGUAAUAUUACCUUUCUCUCCAAGGAUGGUGGCUACAUUAAUCAGAAAACUUUUUUUGCGAUGGAAUCUGUUUGUGAAGGUUUUGAACCUUAUAAAGGUGACUGGGUACAAGCUAAAUAUUUUAUUAACCCAGCAACAUGGAGCAGUGAAGCGGUUGCUGUGAAGCCUUUGAGAUACAAGCGAGUGGACAAGGUUCGUAUUUCCAGCAUCUGUGGAAGACAUGGUACAAUAGAUGAGAGUAUAUUUUUCACUUUGGAUUCAGUGAGGCUUCCUGAUGGUUAUUCGCCUUGUGUGCAUGACCUAGUGAAUGUGAUUGUGGUGGAAAGUAAUCAGUCGUGUUAUAUUUGGAGAGCUCUCUGUUUGACUCCCGUCGAUCGGAAUGGACUAUCUCACUCUAAUGGAGUGAAUCUGGAUGAGCCUUACGAAAACCUAAUGAAAGACAAAGGAGGUUUGGAGGUGUCAAAAAUGACUAAUUUUGGAACUCUGAAGCAAGGGGAAACUAAAAGCAUGAUCAUUGGGAUAGAGAAUAUAGGGAGUAUACCACAGUCCUUAAUCAGCUGCAGACUAGCUGGAUGGGUAAAAGACAAGCAAUUCAAUUUUCGAAUUCCUCAAAGAUGCCAGAAUAAUUCAGCAGCAUAUCUGUCAUCUCUUCCAAUAAAUCAAGAGAAAGUCUCAAAAGCUGCAAUUAAUUCAUAUAGUGACAGCAGAGGAACAACACAUGAGUCAUUGAAUAAUGCAUCCAUUGCGAAGAAUGGAAUCAUUCAAGAAGAAGAUUAUUCUCAGGAUCCCAAUUUAUCAAGGAAAAAGGAAAAAUUUUCCCUGGUAGACAAUAAAAAUCUACAUAAUGAGGUAAAUGAGCAAAGAGAAGAUGCAAAAGAAGAGUUGAUAAAUGAGGCUGAUGCUACUGGACAAACCGUCAUACCGCCAGGUGGAAAAGCAUUUAUAGAGGUUGUAUGCACUGCCACAAACCCUGGAUACAAUAAGGAGCUCCUGUUGCUUGUUUUUUCUGAUUUUGUUAUUGGACGCUAUAUUGAAACCACUGUAACAAGUGAAGAAGAAUCAAAAUUAGCACCUGUGGAACCAUUUUCUCCAAAAAAGCUUAAUAUUGUCGCAGUACCUCAGCAAAAGAAGACAACAGUGGUUGCAACUAACUACAGAAGAAAUUGCAGAAGGCAGUUGCCGAGCUUUCUUCCACAUUAUACUAUACCAGAGGGAUUAAGAAAGUGUGUGGAGCAGAAGUUGGACAUACUGACUUUUCAACCCCUCCUUGCAGAACAUCUUAAUCUAGAUAAUUAUAAAGCAAACUUCUCUACUCUCUUGUGGCUUGAAGAAAUCCAUGCAGAAAUGGAGAUAAAAGACUACAGCAUGAGUGGGAUUACUUUGAAAAGGAAUGGAAGCUCUUUGGUUUUGGAAGUGCCGGGAGUGGAAGAAGGCAGACCCUCCUUGAACAUAGGUGAUAAGGUGAUACUGAAAAGUCAGAUCUACUGUGAGCAUGUAGUAGAGUAUGUAGCCUAUAUUACAGAGAUUCAUAAUGAAGAUGUUACUCUUAAACUACAUCCAGACUUUGAACAGACUUACAGCUCAGAGCCCAUGGAUGUGGAAUUUGUUCAUUCUAGGAUUACCAGCAGGCGAUGCCAGUUGGCAGUUGAGCAAGCUGUGUAUCUGGGUGAAAAAGUGUUGUUUCCAGAAAGGCUCCUUUUACAGUCACCACAAGCAGAAUAUUCUAUUGUUGAUGAUGGCCUUGAACAAGGUUUCAAACAGGAAAGUAAGGUCAAAAAUCUACAGAACAAACAGACAAAAGUCAGUGAAACUGGGACGCUUAAGCAGGCACCUCAGGCAUCUGGCCACUUUUUCAAUCCUCUGCUGAAUGAGCAUCAGAAACUGGCAGUGAAAAGGAUACUGACUGGUGAAUGCCGUCCAACUCCUUAUGUCCUUUUUGGACCACCAGGAACAGGCAAAACAUUAACAAUAGUUGAAGCUAUUUUACAGAUACAUUAUGCUUUGCCAGACAGCCGUAUCUUGGUCUGUGCACCGUCAAAUACUGCAACAGAUCUAAUUUGCUUGCGGCUGCACGAAAGCAAGCUGUUAAAACCAGGAACCAUGGUCCGAGUUAAUGCGAGCUGCAGGUCUCCAGAGCAAAUUGAUGAUAUAGUGAAGCCUUACUGCAAAGAUGGUGAAGAUAUUUGGAAAGCAUUAUGGUUCAGGAUAAUAAUUACCACAUGCAGCAGUGCAGGGCUGUUUUAUCAAACCGGAACACGGCUUGGACACUUCACACAUGUGAUUUUGGAUGAGGCAGGGCAAGCAAGUGAACCAGAGAGCCUGAUUCCUCUUGGGUUGAUUUCCGAAGCUAAUGGACAGAUAGUUCUUGUUGGAGAUCCAAAACAGUUAGGGCCAGUAAUAAAAUCUGAAGUUGCAGUGGCUUUUGGAUUGAAUAUAUCCUUGCUGGAAAGACUGAUGUCACGAUCUCUAUAUCUGAGAGAUGAAGAUGCUUUUCGUGCCUAUGGAUCAUACAAUCCUUUGCUGAUCACAAAGCUUGUGAAGAAUUACAGGUCACACUCUGCAUUGCUUACCUUGCCAUCUAAAUUGUUUUAUCAUAAAGAACUGGAAGUUUGUGCAGACACUUCUGUAGUAACAUCUCUGUUGCAUUGGGAAAAAUUGCCCAGGAAGGGCUUUCCAUUAAUUUUUCAUGGAAUACGGGGCAGGGAAACACGGGAAGGUCACAGUCCCUCAUGGUUCAAUCCGACGGAAGCAGUUCAGGUGAUGCGGUACUGCUGCCACCUCGCUAAAAAUGAGCACAGCGCCGUGUCGGUGACUGAUAUCGGAGUGAUGGCGCCCUAUCGGAAGCAGGUGGAAAAAAUAAGAUUUCUUCUGAGAAGUAUUGAUUUGGAGGAUAUUAAAGUUGGCUCAGUAGAAGAGUUCCAAGGGCAGGAGUACUUGGUUAUCAUCUUAUCCACGGUCCGAUCUAACGAAGGCUCCUUUUGUAAUGAGAAAAGCUGUUUGGGCUUUCUCUCUAACCCGAAGCGAUUUAAUGUAGCAGUUACCAGGGCAAAAGCUUUGCUGAUUGUGGUGGGAAAUCCUCAUGUUCUUGUAAAAGAUCCCUGUUUCUGUGCACUACUAGAGUACAGUCUAAAGAACAGAGUCUAUGUAGGUUGUGACCUGCCUUCUGAGCUGGAGUGCCUGCAUCA